UUAUAACUUAAAUAUUUUAAUGUAUAUUUUAUGUAGGUGGAGAAAAGGAGAAAUCGACAUUAUUCAUCAUCUUUUUCCUCCCAAGGCCGAAACAGAGAAAAAGAAAAACAUAAGGGAGCGCUGGAAGCUUAAACCUUAAUUGGUCCUUCUCUACCAUUUUUCAACCCUUUCAAGCUCAAAUUUCUAAAUUCUUCCAUGGAUUCUUAGUGAAAACAAGAGAAUAACUCCAUGGCAAGACAAGUUUCUUGUGAAACAAGGAACAAUUUGAGAGGUAUGGAUAAUGAAAAGAAAAGAUCAGCAAUUUUCAGCAAGGGGUUAUUGCAAAGUGGAGAACUGUAUCAGUAUUUAUUAGAGACUAAUGUGUAUCCACGUGAACCGGAGCUGUUGAAAGAGCUAAGGGAUAUGACUGCUACCCACCCAAGGGCUAUAAUGGCUACUGCACCUGAUGCAGGGCAGCUAAUUGCCAUGCUCUUGAAGCUUAUAAAUGCGAAAAGGACAAUUGAAGUCGGAGUUUUCACCGGAUACUCCCUUCUCCGUACUGCUCUUACAAUCCCAGAGGAUGGCAAGAUUGUAGCGAUAGAUAUGAAUCGAGAGGCAUAUGAGAUAGGGUUACCAGUUAUCAGAAAAGCCGGUGUCGAGAACAAAAUCGAAUUCAUAGAGUCAGAAGCUUUGCCGGUCCUUGACCAGCUCCUUGAAGAUCCUGGAAAUGAAAACGGCUUCGACUUUGCUUUUAUUGAUGCCGACAAGAUCAAUUACUGGAAGUAUCACGAGAGGUUGAUGAAAUUGGUGAAGGUUGGUGGGAUUGUUGUGUAUGAUAACACACUGUGGGCGGGAUCAGUUGCAAUGCCGGAAGAGUGCACUCCAGAGAUACUGAGAGAGGGCAGACAAAGAACACUGGAAUUUAACAAGUUGCUGGCAGCGGAUCCUCGUGUCGAAAUUUCGCUUGCUCCAUUAGGUGAUGGGAUCACAAUCUGUAGGCGUAUGCACUGAACUUAUUAUCCAAAGCUUAAACCAUUUUAAACAUGUUUGUGGUGGUUCCCUGUUCAAUUACUAUGUCAGUCAAGGAAUAAUGAAAGUUAAACAAAGAGUCACAAAGGCCACCAUUUUCAUUCAUAUGUUUGGUCUUGGGCUUUCGACUGCUUCUAGUUUAGGAUGGUAAUGGUUUGGUUAUAUUUGUCCUCCAAUUUUCUUCUAUUUAAUUUUUCUUUAACACUUAAAUUUAAAA